UGGCGUCCUCCUGCAUGACGCGCCUGUCCCGCUCUCGCACCACCUCACUUUCUUCCUCCUACUCCAUGGACGGCUCCCGCUCUCGCUCCCGCACCCUGUCCCAGGGCUCGCAGGGUGGCCAGAUGCCGCCCAGCCCCUCCCAAACCAUGGAGGUGUCCUGUUGAAGAAAACCAAAAACCACCGAGAGAGAAUGCGCGAGAGUGGAGGGCGAAAA